AUGGCGACUACCAGCGAUGGAGACAAGGAGUCGACGGCUUCGGCGUCUUCCCCGCCGCAGCUGGAGUCGUUUCUUUCCAUCGGACUCGACCAGCGCACGGCGGAGAACGCCCUCGCUAACCGCAAGGUCACCGCCAACCUCACCGCCGUCAUCGCUGAGGCUGGUGUUACUAGGUCCGACAAAUCUGUGGGGAAUCUCCUUUACACUGUUGCGACGAAAUAUCCCACGAAUGCGCUAGUCCACCGCCCUGAUCUCAUUAAGUACAUUCUGUCAGAAAAGAGUUUUAACUUGACCGUGCCAUUUCCAGAUAAAAAACUCUGCACAACUGGAGCUGCCCUGACGUUUCUUUCUACCUUGGGUCCUGAUUCUUUGGAUUCAGUGAAGUUUGAAGCGGCUUGUGGUGUCGGGGUGGUUGUUUCGUUUGAAGAGAUUCAGUCAACAGUCACGGAUGUUUUAAAUGAAAAUAUGGAAUCCAUAGUAGAGCAGCGAUAUCGUAUAAAUGUUGGGAGCUUAUGUGGACAGGUUAGGAAGAGGCAUCCCUGGGGUGAUGCUAAGUCAAUCAAGGAAAUUGAGAAAAGGCUUGUGGAAAUUUUAGGUCCAAAAACAGAAGCAGAUAAUGCUAAACCAAUGAAAAAGAAGGAGAAGCCUGUUAAAGUUGAGGAAGAAAAGACUGCAGUAGCAGUUGCUACUCCUGAGGAGGAAGUAAAUCCCUACUCUAUAUUUCCUCAGCCAGAGGAAAACUUCAAGGUCCAUACAGAAAUAUUUUUCAGUGAUGGAAAUAUAUGGAGAGCACACAACACAAAGAGCAUUUUAGAGAAACAUCUUAAAGCAACUGGAGGAAAAGUGAUGACACGCUUUCCCCCAGAGCCUAAUGGAUACCUUCAUAUUGGUCGUGCCAAGUUAUGCACACUAGAAUUUGACAUACGUCGUCCAUCAUACUACUGGCUGCUUGUAGCCUUGGGCCAGUAUCAGCCAUAUGUAUGGGAAUAUUCAAGGCUAAACAUAUCAAACAAUGUUAUGUCCAAAAGAAAGCUGAAUCAACUUGUCACAGACAAGUGGGUAGAUGGGUGGGAUGAUCCUCGACUGUUGACGCUAGCAGGCCUACGAAGGAGAGGAGUAUCAGCAGCAGCAAUUAACUCUUUCAUUCGUGGAAUGGGAAUAACAAGAAGUGACAAUAGCUUGAUACGCGUCGAACGCCUUGAAUACCAUAUUAGAGAAGAACUUAACAAAGUUUCCCCUCGAGCUUUGGUUGUUUUGCAUCCUCUAAAGGUUGUUAUCACUAAUUUGGAUUAUGGAAUGGUUAUUAACCUUGAUGCCAAAAUGUGGCCUAAUGCUCCUGACAGUGAUGCGUCAGCCCACUAUAAGGUUCCAUUCUCAAGAAUCGUCUACAUUGAGCAAUCUGAUUUCCGCCUGAAGGAUUCGAAAGAUUUCUAUGGGCUUGCUCCUGGUAAAUCAGUAAUGCUGAGACAUGCAUUCCCAAUAAAAUGUACGGAAGUUAUCUAUGGAGACAAUGCAGAUAGUAUUGUUGAAAUCCGAGCCAUGUAUGACGCAUCAAAGGCUACAAAACCGAAGGGUGUCCUUCAUUGGAUUGCCGAGCCUUCUCCUGGGGUUGAACCACUCAAAGUUGAAGUCAGAUUGUUUCUUUCAGAGAAUCCUGCAGAACUUGACAACUGGCUGGGUGAUCUCAACCCACAGUCGAAGGAGGUGAUAAAGGGAGCAUAUGCUGUACCUUCACUUGCAAGUGCCAUGCUGGGGGACAAAUUCCAGUUUGAACGCCUUGGAUACUUUGCUGUGGAUUCAGACUCGACGCUUGAGGAACUGGUGUUCGACAGAACUGUUACCCUUAAGGACUCCUAUGGAAAGGCUGGACCCAAGUGA